GGAGGAGUUAGGGGGUAGCGAGCCUCGUGCGUGGAUUUGAGCCAGGUUUUCACAAUCUCGAUGCUCGACAUGUUGUGAGUGUCAAGACAUGGUUGCGUUGCUGGCGAGUGUUGUAUGGUUUGGUGGUUUGUUUGGUUGGCAGCCCACAGCCAUUGCCCGAGUAACUUGGCCUCGCACGGACGGCUCCCGCUCGCCACCUCACCGAUUUGAUGCCUGUACGGUACCGCCGCCAAUACGGCCUCAGCCGGGAUGGGAAACCAAAUUGCGAUGCCCACGUCCACUCCUAACAGCAAAAGCACACGGACCAAGCGGCCAUGGAAGCAAUGACAGACUUAAAACAGAUCGGGUAAGGACACCGUGUGGCAGUCAGAACAAGUCUCUAAACUUGCGUAGCUCAACAACGAGAAAGUGCUGCUGAUCAGCAUCAUCAGGGCGCAGCUUCGUAUUGUGGGCUUGCUGACGGUCAGUACCGUUGUCAGCACAGCACAAGGCUCAAAGCCUUGGCUGAUCUUUGCAUCGAGCAGGUGCUCACGGUCAGCAUCCCCAUCACUACCAUCAUAACAGCUACC